AUGAGAAUGCAGAAAAAAGUCACUGACUUGCCAUGCGCCGUGGGCUAUGCCCAGCCCUACACAGUACCUGGGACACUUCAUGGGCGGUACCUUAGCAGUCAACGAUCAGCCACAAGACUUAUCUAUGGCGCGGCUGUGAACCGCGGUUAUUAUGCGCAGCGUACCAAAUACUCACCUCAACAACUACGACACUUCCUAAUACACUCUGCCGACAACAUACACCUUUUAUCUUCAUGGAAAGAAAAGGAAAAGGGAAAGAAAUGGAACAUUCCCGAGGCCGGUAGCGGAGGACAACAACAACAACAGCAACAGCUCACAACAACACUAAUCCCGGUUUUGGAGGAAGGGUUAUCUCCUUCCCCUCUUUCCUGUACAUACGCGAGGGAGCUGCUGCUGCUACUGCUUCUGCUACUAUGCCCGCUCACUCCCAGCCUCGCGAGUACCCGGUCGCGGGUCUAAAAGAAAAGAGGUAUCUAGAAGCAUCCUUUGGUUUUUCCACCUUCCUACCCCAAUUCGUCCACAUUGAGUGGAGCCACCAAAUUGACAUUUAAUUCAAGAGAAAAGAAAAAAAGCGGACUAUUGCCGAAGUAGGCAUUCGGCCAGACCAAUUCAGCCUAUUGAUCUGCAAGCGUUAUCACAUGGCACCAGUGUCAUUAUAUGAUUGACGGUGUCCGCGUCCUGGGUAUGGUAGUAGCGCUCCUCCCACGGCCUAUCUAUCUAUUCUGACAACGCAUCUUUACUGAAAUCAGUAUAUACGGUCUGCGAUUGGUCUCACAUUAUCCCAUACCGA